AUGGAUGAGACAAACGGGACAUCAUUUAUUGCUGAAGAUUCUGUGAAUGCCUCCGCCAGCAGGAACACCUCCGCUGGGGACCAGCGUCGGGAAAUCCCAGUUUUGCACUGGGUGAUCAUGACCGUUUCCCCGCUGGGCUUUGUUGAGAAUGGGAUUCUCCUCUGGUUCCUCUGCUUCCGGAUGAGAAGAAACCCCUUCACCGUCUACAUCACCCACUUGUCUGUUGCAGACAUCUCGUUACUCUCUUGCAUUUUUAUUCUGACUGUUGACUAUGCUUUAGAUUACGAGCUCUCUUCCGGCUACUACUACACCAUUGUCACGUUAUCAGUGACAUUUCUCUUUGGCUACAACAUGGGCCUCUAUCUGCUGACAGCCAUUAGUGUGGAGAGGUGCCUAUCCGUCCUGUACCCCAUCUGGUACCGAUGUCAUCGCCCCAAGCACCAGUCAGCCUUCGUCUGUGCCCUCCUGUGGGCACUUUCUUGCUUGGUGACCACCAUGGAGUAUGUCCUGUGCAUUGACAGCGAAGGGCAGACCCACUCUCGAAGCGACUGCAGGGCAGUGAUCAUCUUCAUUGCUGUCCUGAGCUUCCUGGUCUUCACUCCCCUCAUGGUGGUGUCCAGCGCCAUCCUGGUGGUGAAGAUCCAGAAGAAGUCGUGGGCGUCCCAUUCCUCGAAGCUGUACCUGGUCAUCACGGUUACCAUUGUCGUGUUCUUCAUCUUCGCCAUGCCCAUGAGGCUCCUCUACCUGCUCUACUACGAGUACUGGUCGACCUUCAGAAACUUGCACCACGUCUCUCUCCUCUUCUCUACCAUCAACAGCAGCGCCAACCCAUUCAUUUACUUCUUCGUGGGCAGCAGCAGGAAGAAGCGGUUCAAGGAGUCCUUAAAAGUGGUUCUGACCAGAGCUUUCAAAGAUGAGAUGCAACCCAGGCGCGUGGAAGACACCACCUUCACCCCUGCAACCGAGACCGUCGUCUGAUGGGGGAGGGAGAUUGUGGACAAAAACGGUGGGAUGCUGGCGAGCUGCAGUGUGUGCUUGGAAUGAAGGCACCGGAAGUAUCUCCUAAACAUGAUACAGAAGGACGCCCCGUCCCAUGCGCAGGAGACGCGAAUUAAGGCUGAGAUUGCGUUCUUGUGCUGUACCUUCUGGAAAUGCCUAAAUACGUGUCGGACCUCUAUCCUUUCCGCACCUUCCAAAAAACUCCUUCUGUUCCUUCUCAGGUCUUCUGGCAGCGUCUCCUCAUGAACUAUCAACAUUACGCCAACAGGAAGGUUGACAGAU